CCGGCGGAGUAGAGUGAAAAGGGCCGGCGCGAGGGCGGCUUGGGGGAGGGGGGACUCGCUCCGCAGGCUCAGCCCCGCCUGGCCCCCGGCCGGGCUAUGUCAGCGCUGCAGGGCCAGCCCGGGAGCGCGCGGGGCUGCUGAGCCCGGGAGGAGAAUGAAGCUGCGGGGCUGCCGCCGCCUGGCUGCCGCCUGCCUGGUGCUGCUGGGGCUCGGGGGGCUGAGCGCAGAGGCUGCGGCUUGCCAUGGAUGUACGUCAGGAUCCAAAUGUGACUGUAGUGGAGUAAAAGGCGAAAAGGGCGAGAGGGGAUUCCCAGGGUUAGGUGGUCAGCCCGGUUUACCUGGGUUUCCUGGACCAGAGGGACCUCCUGGCCCAAGAGGCAUAAAGGGUGAUGAUGGCCUUCCAGGGCCUACCGGACCCAAAGGAAUCAGAGGACCUCCAGGUCUGCCAGGAUUUCCAGGAACACCAGGACUUCCUGGGUUACCAGGGCAAGAUGGGCCACCAGGACUUCAAGGUAUCCCCGGAUGCAAUGGAACAAAGGGGGAACGUGGAUUCCCAGGUAGUCCAGGUUUUCCAGGUUUACAAGGUCCUCCUGGACCUCCUGGCCUACCAGGUAUGAAGGGUGAUCCGGGUGAAAUAAUUUUGUCAUCACUGCCAGGCCAGAAAGGUGACCCAGGAUUUCCAGGACUUCCAGGGUUACAAGGCCCACCUGGUCCCUUGGGCGCACAAGGUCCUAUUGGUCCCCCUGGGCCACCAGGUUUAACGGGACCUCCUGGUCCAAAAGGGCUUCCAGGGCCUAAGGGUAAUAUGGGUUUGAACUUCCAAGGACCCAAGGGUGAAAAAGGUGACCAAGGCCUUCAGGGACCUCCAGGGCCACCAGGACAAAUUGGGGAGCAGAAGAGACCAAAUGAUGUAGAGUUUCAGAAAGGAGAUCAGGGUAUUCCAGGAGAACGAGGUCCACCAGGACCCCCUGGGCCAGAAGGGCCUCCUGGUCCUUCCGGUGGCGUGAAAGGUGAAAAAGGUGAGCAAGGAGAGCCAGGCAAAAGAGGGAAACCUGGCAAAGAUGGAGAUCCUGGCCAGCCCGGCAGGGAUGGUUUACCUGGCGAGCCUGGUUUAAAUGGUGUUCCAGGAAGAGAUGGUGAAAAGGGUCUGAAAGGUGAACGUGGUCUCCCUGGUCCUCCUGGAGUUAUCACAGGAAAUGGUGCAGAAGUGGGACCAAAAGGGAGCAAAGGACUUCCAGGAUUUCCAGGACCCAAAGGCGAGCGUGGAUAUCCUGGGUUGACAGGGCCUCCUGGCUUGUCAGGGCCUCCAGGGAUUGCAGGUAUAGGCCCAUCUGGUCCACCUGGUUUGCCUGGGGAGCGAGGACAGAAGGGUAUUCAAGGUCUACCCGGAGUUUCCAUACCUGGACAGCCUGGACUUGAUGGACGGCCAGGGCCACCUGGACCGCCAGGUGCCCCUGGACCUCCCGGAACAACUAUCCCUCCUAGUGACAGAGUGUGUCAGCGCGGACCCCCGGGUUUUCCAGGACUUCCAGGAGAAAAAGGGUUUAUGGGGGAGCGAGGCCAGAAAGGUGAUAAGGGAGAGACGUGCUUUAAUUGUAUAGGAACUGGCAUUUCUGGGCCUCCUGGGGACAGGGGACCACCCGGACCUCCAGGUAGCCCAGGGUCUCCUGGUUUCCCGGGACCAAAAGGUGAAAAAGGGCUAACUGGCUUAACCGGGCUGGUCGGGCCACCAGGAUUUCCAGGACCUCCAGGUGCCCUUGGGCUUCCUGGUUCUAAAGGGGACCCCGGGGACAGCCUAGCUUUCCCAGGCCUGAAAGGUGACAAAGGGGACACUGGUUUCCCAGGAUCUCCUGGUCUUCCUGGCAUAGAUGGCUCUCCUGGACGAGAAGGACUGCCAGGUCUUCCUGGACCCAAGGGGGAACCUGGUGGUGUUGCUUUCAAAGGAGGAAUGGGACCUCCGGGUGAUCCAGGAGUGCCAGGUCUUCCUGGAGACAGAGGACCUAUGGGACCUCCUGGUUUUGGCCCACAAGGUCCUCUAGGUGAAAAAGGCAUUCAAGGUGUAUCGGGUCGUCCAGGUCCCCCAGGAGUUCCAGGUCCGAAAGGUGAACCUGGUGAAACUAUUACAGAACCAGGAGUUCCAGGCUCCCCUGGACCUCCAGGAAGAAAUGGUGAAGUAGGACUUCCAGGUGAUCCUGGUCUGCCAGGUCAGCCUGGCUUGCCAGGCAUCUCAGGUCCUAAGGGUGAUCCAGGUAUACCUGGCAUUGGACUUCCAGGCCCACCAGGCCCAAAAGGUUUCCCAGGAAUGGCUGGCCCCCCAGGAGCACCAGGAGCCCCUGGACGACCAGGGCUCGAAGGGCGACCAGGACAAUCUGGUUUCCCAGGUCAAAAGGGGGACCCUGGAUUUGGUGUCCCAGGACCACCUGGGCCACCAGGGCCACCGGGUUUUAAAGGAGCUCAGGGACUGAAAGGUGAUCCUGGCUUCCCAGGAAACCCUGGUUUGCCGGGGCGGUCAGGUUCAGAUGGAACUCCUGGGCCAAAAGGUGACCCUGGACCAAGCGGACCACCUGGGUUAGUGGGACCCCCAGGGUUCCCGGGAAUUGGUGGUCAAGGUCCACCGGGACAACCUGGCCCUUCGGGACCUGUGGGCCCACCAGGUCCACCAGGAUUACAAGGAGUUCCAGGUGAGAAAGGAGAUCCUGGCCCUCCUGGAUUCGACAUCCCUGGUCCACCUGGUGACAGAGGCAGUCCAGGAUUUCCAGGAACACCAGGUCUCACUGGGCCUCCAGGUUCACCAGGACCACCAGGACGAGAUGGAAUAUCAGGAUUUCCAGGUGCCAAAGGUGAGAUGGGUGUGAUGGGAGCUCCGGGUCCACAAGGCCCUCCUGGAACUCCUGGCAGAGAUGGCUUUCCCGGUCCUAAAGGCAGUGAUGGUUUACCAGGUCAACCAGGACCUUCUGGACUGACAGGGCAGAAAGGCACGAAAGGUGAAACAGGCCUGCCAGGUCCCCCUGGACAAGUUGAUCCAAGCAAGCUGGGAUCAAAAGGAGAGAAAGGCGAGCCAGGCAUUGCAGGUAUUCCUGGAGUAUCAGGCCAGAAAGGUUAUCAAGGUCUCCAAGGCGACCCAGGGCCACCUGGAUUCAAUGGGCAACCAGGUGCACCAGGAUUUCCAGGCCCCAAGGGAGAGCCAGGGCUUCCUGGGCAGUCAGGACCAGCAGGACCUCCAGGACAAAAAGGUGCCAUCGGAGAGAUGGGGCUUCCAGGUGUCCCAGGUAUCAAAGGCUCUCAAGGCAUAGCAGGACGUCCUGGCCAGCCUGGCCCACCAGGAUUUCCAGGAUUAAAGGGGGAGAAAGGCAACCCAGGUCUUUCAGAUAUUGGAAUCCCUGGCCCUAAGGGUGACACUGGUUUCCCUGGAUACCCAGGUAACCCUGGCAGCAAAGGUACACCUGGAAAUCCUGGUUUGGCUGGAUUACCAGGUAAUCCAGGUGCAAAAGGAGAAGCAGGCCUUCCUGGAUUCCCAGGGACACCAGGAGUUCUAGGACCAAAAGGUAUUGAUGGACCCCCAGGUAAUCCUGGUCUCCCUGGAUCACCUGGGCCACCAGGUGGUGAUGGCCGUCCUGGCCCCCCAGGUCUUCCAGGGGAGAAAGGGCAACCAGGUCGGGAUGGUAUUCCUGGACCAGCUGGACAGAAGGGUGAACCAGGUCAACCAGGUUUUGGGCGCCCAGGACCUCCUGGACUCCCAGGAUUAUCAGGGCAAAAGGGCGAGAUGGGAUUACCUGGCCCUCCAGGAGCCCCUGGACUUACAGGUUUGAAGGGUGAACCAGGUUUCCAGGGAUUCCCCGGUCUACAAGGUCAACAAGGUCCACCAGGCCUGCCUGGGCCACCUAUGGAAGGUCCUAAAGGUAGUCCUGGUCCACAAGGUGUACCGGGGAGACCAGGUCCUUCAGGUCCUCCAGGUCUGCCAGGGCCAGAAGGUCCACGGGGUCCCCCUGGAAAUGGAGGAUUUAAAGGAGAAAAAGGAAACCCAGGUCAGUCAGGCCAGCCUGGCCUCCCUGGUCUAAAAGGAGAUCAAGGACAACCUGGACGCCAGGGUGAUCCUGGUCGUCCCGGCCUGAAUGGAAUGAAAGGUGAUCCUGGGGUUCCAGGUGUUCCAGGAUUUCCAGGUAUGAAGGGUCCCAUUGGCCCUCCAGGAGCAAUUGGUUUUAAAGGUGAUCAAGGCCCAUCAGGUUCACCAGGUCCACCAGGCUUACCUGGCCCUGCUGGACAAACCAUUGUAGUAAAAGGUGACCCGGGUCCUCCAGGUCCACCAGGCCAGCCUGGAUUGAAAGGGCCACCUGGAUUGUCAGGCCCACCAGGAUUGCCAGGUCCAAUAGGCCUUCCUGGGGAUCCUGGGCGAGAUGGACUUCCUGGAUUUGAUGGUCCAGGAGGACGCAAAGGCGAGAGAGGACUUCCCGGCCAACCAGGCUUUCAAGGUACACAGGGACCCCCUGGUCCUGAUGGCUUGCAAGGCCCACCAGGUCCUCCUGGAACAGCUUCUGUUGCUCAUGGAUUCCUUAUAACUCGACACAGCCAGACUACAGACACACCACUGUGCCCACAAGGAACAAUAAGGAUAUACGAUGGAUUUUCUCUUCUGUACGUGCAGGGAAAUGAGAGAGCCCAUGGCCAGGACUUAGGUACUGCUGGGAGCUGUCUCCGCCGUUUCAGCACCAUGCCCUUCAUGUUCUGUAACAUCAACAAUGUGUGUAAUUUUGCAUCAAGAAAUGAUUAUUCCUAUUGGCUGUCCACUCCAAAGCCAAUGCCAAUGAGCAUGGAGCCACUGACUGGGCAGAGCAUUCAGCCAUUCAUUAGCCGAUGUGCAGUGUGUGAAGCUCCUGCCAUGGUUAUUGCUGUCCACAGUCAGACCAUUCAAAUUCCAUCAUGUCCGCAAGGUUGGGACUCUCUUUGGAUUGGUUAUUCUUUCAUGAUGCACACUAGUGCUGGUGCAGAGGGCUCUGGACAGGCCUUGGCAUCCCCAGGUUCCUGUUUGGAAGAAUUCCGCUCAGCUCCUUUUAUUGAGUGUCAUGGUCGUGGUACUUGUAAUUACUACGCUAAUUCAUACAGUUUCUGGCUGGCAACUGUAGAAAUAUCAGAAAUGUUUAGUAAACCUCAGUCAGAGACAUUGAAAGCUGGAGACCUGAGGACACGUAUUAGUCGUUGUCAAGUUUGUAUGAAGAGGACGUAACAUCUUGGAGAAUUUUUGUAAAACAAUGAGAAUUCCUAGGGUGCACUGUCCUCCUGCUGUAACAAUGGUGCUACUGUGCGAAAAGAAAAAAAACAAAAACAAACCCAAACUGUUUUAAAAGUGCAGAUUCAGGUGUACCUCACCAAAGUGCCGAACCAAGGCUGUCUGGUGCAUAUUGACAAAAGGACUAAGACAAAGGAAUUGAUCUCUUGGAAAUGGAAAAGAUGCUUGAGGUUCACAAAGGAUCAGAAGAUGAAGUUUUCAUUUCUCUCCUAGUACCAAAAUGGCACUUUUUUGAUCAACCAAGAGAAAAACAACAAAAUACAACGCACUGAGUAUGUUUAAAAUAACAAGACUGCAGUUCUGAAAAACUUUUUCAUGGUGCUACUAACCCUACUGUAUCCCAGGUUUUUAAUAUGAAAUGUUAAGCUUAUUUCUCUUUGUAAGUAAUGAAAUGUGUAUAUUGUGUAAACACCUUUUUAAUUCAAACCUUCAAUUAUUUAGACACAAAUCAGCCUAAAAUCACUCUUCACAAAAAGUGUAUUAAAAACAAGUUUAAAUAUACAGCAGUAUUUUAUAUAAAAUCAAGGGCAAUGGAGAGAAUCUAUACCUCUUACACCAAACUACUACUGAUUUUUAAAGUUUUGUUUCCUCCCUCAAGUUCCAAUCUGACUUUAUUUGGGGAAUGUACAAUACUUCUCUAGUCAUUUUGAUCAGGGUUUUAAAUGUUUAUACUUACACCAUGCUAUCGAUGGUGUUAUUUGUGCUUAGAAAUCCAAACCAUUUUAAAAGGAUUUUUUUAUUCUGUGAAAAUAUGUGAAAUGAUUAGCCAUAUCCAAUGUCUUUUUUUUUUUUUUUAAAUAAAAACAAGUCAUAUUCAUGAUUUAGUAGUAACCAGUUUGCUUCAGCAAAAAAUACCCCUUGGAAAUAUCAAAUUGCCAAAGCAUUUAAGAUUAUGCUUACAAAAACUUUCUUUGCUCCGAAGUGGUAUCAUGUAUAUUAUCCAGAAUAGCUGUACACUCUGAAAAAACUGAAAUAAAGCAAAAACUGGCUAAAACUGAUUUUUCAUAUUUAUAAAUGUAUCCUCUAAUCAUUCUUAUGUGAAUUAUACACAUCCAUGAUGGAUUUAUACAAGGCAACAGUUUUUGUGUGUGUAUAAUUCAAUAAAGGCCGUGAAAGGUCAUAGAGCUCCUUGUUUCUUGCAUCAGUAUAUAAGAAUCCUACUGUAUCUGGCCUAGAUUGUCACGUUUUGCAAUAGUUGCAAAGAAAUUAUUACAUUUUGUACACAGAACUUUGUGCUUGUUUGAUUUCUGUGGUCAAUUCUAUUUCUUGCAUUUAUGUAUAAGCUUUUAGCACUCCCCAACAAAGGAAGUGAGACUGUGCGUUUUCCAGGUGAUCAGCCUUCCUUGAGAUAUUCAUUGUAUUUUCCCAUCUUCACCAUUCAUUAGGACAAACGUAGCCUGAGAAUUAAUGUAUUGCUUUAUAAAAGUGAAGUAUAUUUCAUCUUAUUUUGAGUAAUGCUAACUAAUUAUCAGUGACAUCUGGCUAAUGGCUGUUCUGCCUCUGAAUUUCUGAUGCCAGCUAUACAUUAGGCUUGCAGCCACUCAAAAAAAAAAAUAUAUAUAUAUAUAUAUAUAUCCCUGCUGAAAACUGAGACAUAGAAAUGAGUUACUAGGCGAGGUGCCAAAGGUUAAUAAAAUGAGAUAAGUGGAGGAUUAACAGCAUUUGUGUAAAUAUGAAAAUGGCAAUUAUACACAGGUUUACUCUAAAAUAUAAUAGUGUCAUCUUGGUGUGUUUUUAAAUGUUAAAGUAGUCUAUGUACGCCUCAUGCUUUGUUUAUAUGUGUAUA